GACGAGUUCGCCCUCAAUGAUGCUCCAGUUACAGAGGCAACGCAAGUUUGUUGUUAUCCCGAGGAAGAGGAGCGGCGAGGUCCUUGCGCAUUUCAGCAGAACUACUGGCACCUUUCAGCUGGACAAGCCAGCGCCCCGGUUGUGACCUUUCCGGGGAGACCCACGCGCCUGCCCAGCACAGCAAAGGACCCCACUUGGAGCCGCGUCUGCUGCUGCGAUCGGCCGACGUGCCCCUGCCGGAGCCGCGGCUGGUUCCGUCCACCUCUUCCACUUCAUUUAUCUGUGGAUCAUUUUGAGUCCAUCUUGUAAAUGUUUAGCACUUUGCUGCUUUACUGCUUCUUUCUGGGGACAGUUCCAGCACUGGCCGAGACCGGCGGAGAGAGGCGACUGAGCCCGGAGAAGAGCGAAAUAUGGGGACCCGGGCUCAAAGCAGCUGUGGUCCUUCCCGCGCGCUAUUUCUACAUCCAGGCGGUGGACACAUCAGGAAAUAAAUUCACAUCUUCCCCGGGUGAAAAAGUGUUCCAGAUUAAAAUCUCAGCCCCAGAUGAGCAAUUCACUAGAGUGGGUGUCCAGAUUCUAGACCGAAAGGAUGGGUCCUUCAUAGUAAGAUACAGAAUGUAUGCGAGCUACGCAAAUCUGAAGAUAGAAGCCAAAUUCCAAGGUCAACAUGUGGCCAGGUCUCCAUAUAUUUUAAAAGGGCCAGUUUACCAUGAGAAUUGUGACUGUCCUUUGGAAGACAGUGCAGCCUGGCUACGCGAGAUGAACUGCCCAGAAACCAUUACUCAAAUUCAGAGAGAUCUGGCACAUUUCCCUACCAUUGAUCCAGAAAAGAUUGCAACAGAAAUCCCGAAAAGAUUUGGACAAAGACAGAGCUUGUGUCAUUAUACCUUGAAGGAUAACAAGGUUUAUAUCAAGACUCACGGUGAACAUGUAGGUUUUAGAAUUUUCAUGGAUGCCAUACUACUUUCUUUGACUAGAAAAGUGAAGAUGCCCGAUGUGGAGUUUUUUGUUAAUUUGGGAGACUGGCCUUUGGAAAAAAAGAAAUCCGAUUCAAACAUCCAUCCGAUCUUUUCCUGGUGUGGCUCCACAGAUUCCAAGGAUAUCGUGAUGCCUACUUACGACCUGACUGACUCUGUCCUCGAAACCAUGGGCCGAGUCAGUCUGGAUAUGAUGUCUGUGCAAGCCAACACAGGUCCUCCCUGGGAAAGCAAAAACUCCACAGCUGUCUGGAGAGGGCGAGACAGCCGAAAAGAGAGACUUGAGUUGGUUAAACUCAGCAGAAAACACCCGGAACUCAUAGAUGCUGCUUUCACCAACUUUUUCUUCUUUAAACAUGAUGAGAGCCUGUAUGGUCCCAUUGUGAAACACAUUUCAUUUUUUGAUUUCUUCAAGCAUAAGUAUCAGAUAAACGUCGAUGGCACCGUUGCAGCCUAUCGCCUACCAUAUCUGCUAGUAGGUGACAGUGUGGUGCUGAAGCAGGACUCCAUCUACUAUGAACACUUUUAUAAUGAACUGCAGCCCUGGAAACACUACAUUCCAGUUAAAAGCAACCUGAGCGAUCUCCUAGAAAAACUUAAAUGGGCAAAAGAUCACGAUGAAGAGGCAAAGAAGAUAGCAAAAACAGGACAAGAAUUUGCAAGAAAUAAUCUCAUGGGUGAUGACAUAUUCUGUUAUUAUUUUAAACUUUUCCAGGAAUAUGCCAGUUUACAAGUGAGUGAGCCCCAAAUCCGGGAGGGCAUGAAGAGGGUAGAACCACAGACCGAGGAUGACCUCUUUCCUUGCACGUGCCAUACGAAGAAGGUAACCAGAACUCACCUUCUAGCCAGUGUCAGAGUAAGAACUAACAGUGAUCCAACUCUUCAUUCAUUCCUUUCCUCGUUCAGUCAGGCAACAGCUACCUGAAUUCCUCCUGGAGCCUCCAAGCAAGUCAUUCUAGCAGAGGCAGAUAAAAUAGAUCCCAACAAGGCAAAAGGCAAGCGCUAAGAUGCAGUGAAGUGAGCUCUCAGCAAAGUGGAGGGAAGCCUUUUUCACUGUGAGAAUUCACAUCACGUGGCAUUUGAAUAGAUGUUUACAGUUUGAAAAGUGUUUUCACACCUGUCAUCUAAGAGCUUCAUCUCCCUGUGUGAUUUUUUCUGCAGAGUUCGUCAUCCCAGUUUAGAGAUGGAAAAACGUAUAACCAUCAUUAUUCAUGUUAACAGAGUAUUCAUUUAAAAGCAAUCUCGGUUGAUACCACUACAUACUGAUUUUGUUUAUAAAAGGCAGAUGCACAUAUGGACUUGGCAGGUUGAAGAGGACCUUAGAGAUCACCCAGUAAAUGCCUUCAUUUUAUAGUUAACAAAACAGAGCCCAAAGAAGAGUUUAGCUCAGAAUCAUCUAUAUCUGGAUUAUAGCAAAGCAAGAACCAGAAGCCAGUGUAUCACCUUCAAAUCGUGUGCAUAAUUGUGCGUAAAGACAGUGUGAUGGGUUGGGGGGGGGGCGGUGAUUAUAGGUAUUUUUCAUUUGAAGGAAUAUAUAUUGUAUAAAGUUAUUAUAUGUAUUAUAUAUAUAUAUAAAAUAUGCUGGCUUGACAUUAUUUUCAGCAACAGCACCAUGUCUCUGAAUGGACAAACUCAGAACUGUGGCAUUGGAACCACAGUUGAGAGCGCAGAUUUGGCAAUUAUUAUGUCUGCCUCGCAAGGGGGUUUAAAAGGAAUAAGGUGACUACCAUCCCCGACGGUGUGAUGGAGCCAGCUUAUACAAGUUCACAGAUGGUUAAAUAUUUAGGAAUUUUUCACAGGGGUUAAAUUUUGGUAGCUUGGAAUCCACAUGGUGGAAGUAUUUACACCAUGACAACAGUACAUGCUACAGAUCAGUUUUGGUUGUCUGUUUUGUUUUGGGGGGGAACUGAUUUGCCACUAACUGGCUCUCAGAAGUGAUACAUCAUCAGCAUUAAUUCCUCUCAGUGCUGCAAGGCCAUAAAACCAGUGAAAGCCAGUGACAAAACAGAAAUUGCCAGAAUCGAAACGUGCUCCCACAUGGAGUUAGUGAUUUGAUAUCAGAACGCUUCUGUUGGCUCCAAGUGAAAGUGGGCAGCUCCCUUUCUCCACUCCUCUUUUUAAAUUUUUAUCUCUAAGUGACUUUGAGGGAUACCAAAUGAUUCCUCUGAUUCAUAGAAGUUAGGGACUAGAAUGAUAGCUUUGUUUAUUUUUUGCCCAUUGUCUACUCUAGCCGUUCACUGAUACCAUUCAUAACGCAAGCCUUUUACCAUAAUACAGACCCUUACAUGUUCAGGUUCCCCACCAAUGUGACCUUACCCUUGGGUGAUUCCAAAUAAUAGUCCUAAAAGCCUCUAGCAAUAACUUGGCUUUUUUUUUUUUCCCCUUCUUUCAUCUUUACGGGAAAAUAAUUAAUAGACUAAUGUAAGCCUUCUUGACUCGUAGAAGACUUCCUGAUGGCUC